UCAUGUGAGAGUGAUGUGCUGGCAAAAGAAAUCUCUCCCAUUUCUCCUCUGCAUCACCCUCCUGAGGGCUGAGCUGUAUCCAGAUGGAGUUGACAUCCUCGGGCCAGCAACAACAGAGCUGGAGGAUCGAGGUGCAGGGAGGUGCGGCGGUGGCUCGGUGUUACUCAACCCGACAGAUGUCGGUACCACCAACCUGGAAUGGAUCCUGCCUGAAGGGUGGCCCAUCGACUUUUCCAUCCUCGUCGUUUUAAGGCCGCUCGCAGAUCACGGGACGAUUUUUACAGUCUACGACGCCGGUGGGCUGGAACAAAUCUCGCUGGAACUGCGCGACGCCAGCCUAGUGUUCAUGUACCAACCGCCUGACACGAUCCCUCUUUCGAUUUUAUACCCGCUGGAUGCAAUAGAACAAAGGUGGUACAGAUUGGGACUAAGUGUCAAGGGAGAUGCGGCGACGUUAAUAGUGGAUUGCGACCACGUCCUCAGCGAACCGUUGGAAAGGCCGAAAAACACGACAAUCAGCACUGAUGGUAUCGUCAUAAUAGGUCAGCCCCUUUUGCAGGACGAGGGAGGAUUACAUGUAAGUAAGACUUGUGAAGAGCGUAAGCCGAUUUUCCUCCUACAUAGGAUUUUUUUGUUAAAUUCCUGAGCGAUUUAAACGGAUCCUUUCAUCCUCAUUCAAUGUACAACUUAUGGGAAUUAAUGUAGCGUUUUUGAAGGAAAAUAUAAGCACCCCAAGG